UUCAACACACUGACUCAAAAUCAAAAUCAGCGCUCUGCUGCCGUUCAGGAGCCACUCUAGCCUCUAUGUAGUGUGUGCAGCUGCUUGCCUGCCUGCCUGGUCGCCGCAAUUUUCAUCGCAGACUUUGCGACUUCAAUUCAGUUCGCGAUGGAACUUUGAACAUUGUGGAUCGUAUUUUCCUCCAAAGUUGUAUGAAGAAAAUUUAUUGUCGUAACGUUAAAACGUCUCUUCUCGUUUCGUCUCGCCGUAGUCACCGUUGUGGUCGUCGUCGUUGUUUUCAUCCUCGCCGCCGUUUGUAACGUGUUGUUAAGCAAAAUAUUUAAAACUGCAUAGCUGCACUACACUAGCCAUCACAACAACAACAACAACAAUACAAAUUUACAAGAACAACCAGCGCUAUAGUUUACAAUUGGUCUGUGCAUAAAUAAUUCACCCGCUGAGCCCAAAGUCUGGUGAAUGAAUUGUAAUUUCGCUGCAUUUUAGUGUUGGUUUCCUGAUUCGCUCUGCGUGUGUGUGUGUGUCUCUCUGUAACAGUGUGUUGGUGUUCAAGCAUUUAUUUACUUAGCGUUGAAGCCGAAGUGCGCUAUAACACCACAAUAACAUUAAUAGCAACAACACAAACCGGAUGCUUUAAUUUAAAACGCAUACAAAGGCAAAUACAAAUUUCCUGCUGAAACAAACAAAAGAGGCAGGGCAACAAACACCCAUACAAAAAAAACAAAAAAAAUAAACAGAUUAAAAUAAAUUAAUACAAAAACACUUUACCACAAAUCUAACUGAAUUUAAAACACAAAGUGUCAAAAAAAAACACCAAAAAUUUAAUUCAAUAACAAAUAAUUUCAAAUUUGUGCAACAAGCUACUGCAUCACCCUACUACUUUGUGUGUGUGUGAGUGCAAUAAUAAAUACAAAAUUUAGCGCUUCCAAUAUUCUAAACUCAACACGAAAAAACCGCCAAAAACAGGGGAAUAGCUUAGCUAACUUGGCACUAAAUCAGCGCUAUAGUACAACUACAAGAGCAACAAAAAUCAAAUAAAUAAUAAAUCAAAAUCAAAAAAAAAAGAGUGCGUAAAAAAGCCGCGAAACGGACAGCAAUAAUAUGGUCGUUUUGGAGACUGCCACCGCUUUGUUGGGCGGCCCCUACGCUCAGGGUGCACCCGCAUUGAAAAUGGUGCAGAAACGUUAUAUUGGAUUACAUCAAUGGCUGGGACCACUGCGCAGCAAAGAGCUAAAGGAGCAAAUUGUAGGUGACAAUGUAAGUUCAACCAGCUCUGCUCUUGGCGUGGACUAUGGAAAUGCUGCUGUAAGUGAAGACGUGCUAUCGCUAGCUUUGAGCCAAAAUCAUCAACUUUUCCGCUCACAAAAUCCCGGACUCGCUGCCACAAAUGCUGCAGCCGCCGCUGCUGCUGCGGCAGCUGCCACAUCGGCUGCGCAACCUGGUGCACCGAAUGGCACAAUGCAGCCACAACAGAUGGCACAAAUGGCCGCCUCGCAGCAAUUUCUGGCCGCACAACAAAAUGCCGCCUAUGCAGCGCAACAAGCAGCACCCUAUGUCAUCAAUCCGGGUCAGGAUGCAGCACCCUAUAUGGGGCUGAUAGCUGCACAAAUGCCACAGUAUUAUGGUGUGCAAUGGGGCAUGUACCCGAGCAAUCUGAUACCGCAACAGGGCACACAGCCGCGACGGCCGUUGACGCCAUCGCAGCAGGGCGCUGAGAAUCAAUCGUAUCAGGUCAUACCGGCAUUUUUCGAUCAGAGCGGCUCGCUCGUAAUGGGACCACGUACUGGUACACCAAUGCGCCUUGUUAGUCCGGCACCAGUGUUGGUGCCACCAGGAGCGGCACGUGCCGGCCCACCGCCGCCACAGGGCCCACCACAAUUAUAUCCGCCACAGCCGCAGACGGCUCAACAGAAUUUGUACUCACAGCAGAAUGGUUCAAGCGUUGGAGGCCUCGCAUUGAACACCAACUCGCUGACCGGUCGCCGCGACUCCUUCGACCGCAACACAUCCGCCUUCAGCCCCUCGGCAGUGGAUUAUAAUAACAGCACCGCCACCACUCUACAAGCGGCUGCCGCUGCCGCCGCCGCUGCCGCUGCUGCUGCACGCGGCAAAUGGCCCGGAGCUAUGACCAACAGCUAUGGCGCGCUGGGCGCCAAUGCUUCAGCCAGCCCGAUUGGGGCAGCCAUUACACCGCCGCCGCCACAAUCAUGCCUCGUCACUAAUCGCGCACCUGGCGCUGAAACCAAGUAUCGUCAACAAAUGUCUGUCGGUGGUGUUGGCCUGCCACCAGCUGCUGCUGCAGCACAAGCAGCUGCCGCUGCAGCCGCUGGCAAUAUGUUCGGUUCGAGUAGUUCACUCUUUUCAAAGCUGGCCAUUCCGGGUAGUGCAGCCGCUGCUGCAGCUGCUGCUGCUGCCGCUGCCUCAUCACGUCAUGCAGCAGCUGCUGCCGCUGGCCUAAAUGUGUCCGCUGCUGCUGCUGCUGCUGCUGCAGCCGCUGCCGCUGCAGCUGGUGCACCGCAACCAGGACGGUCGCGACUGCUCGAGGAUUUCCGCAAUCAGCGCUAUCCCAACUUACAAUUACGCGAUUUGGCCAAUCAUAUUGUGGAAUUUUCGCAGGAUCAGCAUGGCUCGCGCUUCAUACAGCAGAAAUUGGAACGCGCCACCGCUGCCGAGAAACAACUGGUGUUUAGUGAGAUUUUAGGUUCCGCCUUCAGCUUGAUGACCGACGUUUUCGGCAAUUAUGUUAUACAGAAAUUCUUUGAGUUUGGCACACCGGAGCAAAAGAACACACUGGGCAUGCAGGUGAAAGGGCAUGUGUUGCAGUUGGCUUUGCAAAUGUAUGGCUGCCGUGUCAUACAGAAGGCGCUGGAGAGUAUUACAUCGGAGCAGCAGCGAGAGAUCGUCCUUGAGCUGGAUGGUAAUGUAUUGAAAUGUGUCAAAGACCAGAAUGGCAAUCAUGUGGUGCAAAAGUGCAUCGAAUGCGUGGAUCCAUCGGCGCUGCAGUUUGUUAUAAAUGCCUUCAAGGGUCAGGUAUACACGCUAAGCACACACCCAUAUGGCUGUCGAGUCAUACAACGUAUACUGGAGCACUGCACCUCCGAGCAGACACAACCCAUAUUGGAUGAGUUGCACGAGCACACCGAGCAACUGAUACAGGAUCAGUAUGGCAAUUAUGUUAUACAACAUGUGCUGGAACACGGCAAACCCGAAGACAAAUCAAUACUUAUUAACGGCGUGCGUGGAAAGGUUUUGGUUUUGUCGCAGCAUAAAUUCGCGUCGAAUGUAGUGGAGAAGUGUGUCACACAUGCCACACGCGGCGAACGCACCGCUCUCAUCGAUGAAGUGUGCACUUUUAAUGACAACGCCUUGCACGUCAUGAUGAAGGAUCAAUAUGCCAACUAUGUGGUGCAGAAAAUGAUCGACGUCUCAGAGCCGACACAAUUGAAAAAACUAAUGAAUAAGAUACGCCCACAUAUGGCUGCAUUACGCAAAUACACCUACGGCAAGCAUAUCAAUGCCAAACUGGAGAAGUAUUUCAUGAAGACAGCCAAUCCAAUUACUACAACAAGCACCACAAUCGCCUCACCAUCGCAAUCGUCGAUUGCGUGCAGCACUAGCAUCUUAACCGCAACCACAGCAGCCGCUUGCAGUACAGCGGCUGGACUGACCAUUACCACGCCAACAAACUGCAUGACUGCCGGCCUUACGGUCGGUGCGCCCAUCAUGAUACAAGAGAAUGGUAUUAGUGUCACAGCGGUGGGUCAGACAUCGCCAGCAGCAUCAUCUUGCACCGUAUCGACAAACAGCAGCAGUGCCACAUCGGUAGUGACAGCUGUCAACAGCGGUCUGGGACCCAUUGGACCACCCACUGCCAACGGUGUAAUAUUGUAAAGAGUGGGCGGUGUACAGAACAAAAGCCAAAAUAGAAGCGCAUAGAAAAGCGAAUGCAUGAUAUGCAGUACAAGUGGAGAGAAAGGAGAAGAAUAAGAAAUAUUAAAAAUUUAGAAGAGAAUGAAAAGAGAAAGAACACAGUUUUAUUAGUUUAUACAUACAUGUAUUAAGUAGGAAGUAAAUGUGAGCAAAAUGCGAGCGUAAAGCAGGAACUUGCUAUAUAUAAUUUGAAUGUGUAACUUAGUUUUAAGAUGCUGUAUUUUUUCGCGAUUUUAUUUAGAUUAGAUUUUAAAAUCUUCCCAAACAGAAAAACGAACAAACACACACUCACACACAAAUCAAAUGAAAAAGAAUACUUGCAAGCAAAACGCGAAAUAUACGCCAAAAGCGCGGAAAAUGAAAUUUGCAAAAAGAAUCUCAGAAACAGAAAACAAUGUAGCGCAUGUUUAUAUGCAUUGUAGUUUUUAUAAAGUGAAAAUUAAUUAGAGAAGAGCAACAAAGAAAAAAUAAAAUGAUGCCAAAAGCACUGAACUGCUUGCACACGAAAGUAAAAAGUGGCGCUCGAUUUUUAGACGCCAUGUAAAAGCAUCAAAAUCGUUGAAGAAAAUUGUAGAAAACUUACUACAGCAACUCGAUUUUAAAAGAUAUAAGUUGGCAAGAACUAAGAAAACAGGACCGUUCAUACGUUCAGAACACGAAACACACAUUCAAGGGUAUUUGUAAAAAAAAAAGAAUAGAACAAACAAAUUUAUCAAAGAAGAAGUUUUGAGCUAAGAAAAUUAAAAGAUAUAAAAACAGCAACGUCGCUUAAGUACAGCGCAUUCGUUUAAGGCUUUUGUAGCGCAAGCGCGCACCCUUUUUUCAUAUAUUCAAAAGUCAAUCAAACGAAUGUUGCUAAUAAAAUUUGUUAAAUUGAUGAGAAAAACGAAUAACUGAAAAGCAUCAGGAGAGAGAACACACACAAAUGAAGCGUAAAAAGAAGAAGUAAAAGCGUGCAACACACACACAAGCACUCGAUUAUAAGAAGGAAUAGAAGAAGAAGUAAAAGAUAAAAAGAUUUGUAAUUAAACAAGAAACCAAGAAAGAUAUAACAAGCAAACAAGUUUAGUUUUAUAAAGUGUAUACUAUGUAUUUGUAAAAAAUCAUUUUUUUUAGUAGCGUUCAAUAAUUGCCCAUCCACAGGCAACCCAAAACACUCGGUGUGCGCUUUUCCUCACGCGCUGCUCGUUGGCAUAACGGAGUCGAACGUAGUAGUCGUGUGCUGAUAAUAGCGCAUGCUGUGUUAUGAAUGAUGAGUUGUUGGGUGGCGAGGCAUACGAAAGAGCCGUUUUGCGGGCAGGAACGCCUUAAUUUAUAUUGUUAGUGUUUAGUGCUGAUGUUUUAAGUGUAAUUAUUUUAGAAGACUUUCGCAUGACAUUUAUUAAUAAUGCAAGCAAACAAACAAAACACACAUACAGACAUAAAGAAAAACACUCACACACGCACACACUUAUUUAAAUAUUAUAUUGCAAGAUAAAAGCAAAGACACACAGCGCUAGCACGCAAACAUUAAAAGUAGCAUUCGUAUGUAAUUUUAAUUUCUUGCAUUUUGUUAGAGCGCAAAUAACUUGACGCAAAUAAUGCGAAAUGCAAAGGAAACACAAAGGACUUUUGUAUAUUUAAAGAAAAAAAAAAAGAAACCAAACUCACAAUUAAGCACUUGUUUGUGCGCACAAAUGGGAUUUUUGCGUUGAACGAGGGUUUUUUUUUUAGUUUUGGCAGCAUUUGAGGCGUUGGUGUCGGUUUUUGUGAGUAACUAGAAUGAUGUAUAAAAAUGCAUGUAAAAAUGUUCAUAAAAAUUCAUGUAAAAAUUUCAUUAACCCAAAAAAGGAUAAAUCGAGUAUAAAAUUUCAUACAAAAGCAAUCUUAUGGAAAUCAAUUCUUGUGAAAGCGAAAGCGCCAAAAAAAUUUUCAAUGUUUAUAAUUGAUUUCGUAUUGAUUUUUCUUCUAUAGGCUGCCGGCUGUUAUGCAAAUGUUUUUGUGAAAAACAUUUUUUUUUUUAAUUUUGGAUAAUGAGCAAUGUUUAGUUCAGUGAUGAAAAGUGCGGUUUUUAAGCGAGCAAAAUAAUUCGUAUUUAAAAACGUUUAAUAAGCUACAGUUGCUGCAUAAGCACGAACAAAAAAUGUAUAUUCUGUUUUAAAAAUAUUUUUAAUAAAUUUUUCUAUUGUUUCCUCAAAAUUUAGCUAGCUUUCACUUUAUGUAAUAAUUUUAAAAAUGGUACCCGAAAAUACCCGAAAUUUUAAUUGCAAAUACUAUUUGCUCGUAACGGAGCAAUCGAUUUGUUAAAAUCAGCUCUAACUACAAUUUAAUGCGAAUAAAUCGUUCAUACGAAUUAAAAAGAAAAUCACAAUUAAAUUAACAAAUCGUUUUAGUUUUGUUUUAUAGUUUUUGGAAAUAUUUGUUCACAUAGCACUUGUAAAUGGUAAAACGAAGUACCGUUACUUUUUUGCAACCAAAAAAAUUCGCUGUAAAAAAUCCAUCAACUGUAUUGCAUACCAGUUUUAUGCUUUUCCACAACCAAAAAUCCAUUUCGCCGCAUGUAAAUAAUUAUUUAUUAAAAAACGGAAGCAAAUUCGAAGUUAUAAUUGCCGUUGAGAACCAUAAAAAUUCGUUUCCAUACAGUAAAUUGAAUGAAAUUAUUUGUAAAAAAAAUAUGUAAUAUUUUGUAAAAAGAGAAACGAUGUAAUAUUAUGUAAAAACAAAAAGAUUUUAAUAAUUUGUAAAAAAAAGUAUAAAUAAUUUGUAAAUGCGCCUUUUAGUAUUAACACACACACUCACACGUAAAGAUAAAAAUAAAACUUGUACAAACUAUAUUUUACUAUUUAGCUCGUGAAAGCUGCGAGUUUCGGCAUUCAAGGCUCACAAAAGAAAUUCACCACACCGCCAGAGUAUUCGUUUACACUCAAAUUUAUACAUGCAUCAAUCGCUGCCGCGCAAGCGCUCGUUGCAUUGACACAAAAUCCCUUUGUGCGCAAAAUAUUAACCAUUUGUUGACCCUAGGGGCAAAAGAGAACAAGUGAUUAAUGAAAAAUAUACAUAUAUAAAUAUUGUAAUUUGCAUACGCUCGUAGAUAUUUAGUAUUUAGCAUAUGUAUGUAAACACACCACUAUAAAUAUAAGCAGAGCAGUAAUAUUAUUAGAUUUUAGAAUGCAGCAGCAAAAACAACAACAACAAGAAACUUUUUUAAACACAAGAAAAUGAAACAAGCAAACAUUUGCCAAUAAAUAAAUUGUAAUAAAAUAAAACCACAAGUUUCUGCUGCUGGUAUGCGAAGAGAAAUUGUAAACAUUAUUUUAGUAAUUAUAAGCGCAAAAAUAUCUAGACAGCAGCAUUUUCUGCUAAAGGUAUGUGACAACAAAAAAAAAAAAA